AUGGCGGACCUGCUGGCGGGCCAGUGGGUGCUGGUGACGGCUGUGAAGCCCGCCGAGCGCGAGCAGCUGGCAGCCACAGUGGAGCACUGCGGCGGGGUGCCGCUGUCCUCCUUCUCCUCCCGUGACCCGCCCCAUCUGGUCAUCACACGCAGCGUGCGGUCCCCCAAGUACCGCGCCCUGCUCCGCCUGCACCCCCACACCCCGGUGGUCACCCCAGAGUGGCUGGCCGCCAGCACGCAGGCAAGCUGGGGCAAGCUAGCGCCUCGCAGCCUCGCGGGUCGCCUGCUGCCCCUGGACUGCUACCGCGUGGGCCCCUUCCACGGCCUCACCGUCUGCCUGUCGGGCCUGAGCGCGGCCAGCAAGGCGGAGCUGGCGGCGGCGGUGGCGGCCGGCGGCGGCCAGCACUCGCCGGCGCUGGACAAGAAGUGCACCCACCUAGUGACCAACUCCACAGGAACCGCCAAGUACCUGUUUGCCGUGCAGAACGGUAUCCAGGUGGUGAGCACCAAGUGGGUGUACGACAGCGUAGCGGCGGGGUGGUGCCAGGACGAGGCGCCCUUUGCAGUCCAGGAGGCCUCGCCCGCGGCGGCGGCGGCGCGGGCGGGGCCCGCCGGCGCGGCCCUGCUGGUGCCGCCGCCGCCGGGCUUCCAGCCGACUGCUGCAGCGCCCGCAGCGGUGGCGGAUGACGCGGCCGGCGUGUCUGUGUCCGGCCUCAAGCCAGCCGCCAGCAUGGACGUUUCCGCGGUGGCUCCCUCCGCUUGCACCGCCGUUGGCGGCGGCGGCGGCGACGCCCCCGGCCCCACCCAGAAGCAGCAGCCGCGGCGGCGCAGCCGCUUGCUGCGCCGCGGCGCGGCCGCCGACGCCGCGGUAGCCGCCGCGGCGGCGGCGGCGGCGUCGGCGGCGGCGGCGUCGGCGGUGGCGUCGGCGGCAGCCGCGUGCGAGGAUCUUCCGGGGCGCCAGACGCGGGGCCGCAGCUCGCUGCUGGUGGCGCAGCUGGCGGAGCAGCUGGAGUGGGACGACGAGACGCCUCCCUUUCUGGAGGCGGUCAGGCUGCGCUUGCUGGGCUGCUCUCCCAGCGAGGAGCAGGAGGCGUUGGGCCUGGUGCGGCGCGGCGCCGCGCUGCGCUUUGCCGACUGGCGCGACGACCUGAACCACCUCGUGGUGGGCAGCCAGCUGGAGCCUGGUGAGGCGGCAGGGGCUCUGGACUUCCUGUCAAACCACCGCUCCUGCCUGGCGGUCGGCCUGGAGUGGCUGCGCCAGAGCGUGGCGGCGCAGCGCCGCCUGCGCCCCGACGCAUACCUGGUGCCUCUGUCCACGCUUUCGGAGCACAGGCGCCGGCCCGCGGCGCUGGAGGCUGCAGCGCGCGUGGAGCGCACCACUAGCAGCAGCAGCGCCGAUGCGGGGGAGCAGGGGCGCAGCCAGCCCGCCACAGCGCCGGCAGGCCCGCUGACGGGCUGCUACUUCACGAUGGCCGCGGUGCGGGGCAGCGAGGAGGCGGCGGCGGCGGUGGCGCUCAUCCGCCAGGCUGGCGGCCGCGUGUUCACAGAUACCACCAUGAAGCGGGUGCCGGACAAGUCCAAGGCCUACGCCAUCUGCCCUCCCAGCCUGCUGGCCAACGAGAUCACCCAGCUGCGCAGCGCCUGCCCCGACUUCAGGAUGGUGGAGGACCGCCACCGCUUCACGCUGUACUGGCUGGAGUGCAGCCUGGUGGCCGGGGAGCCUCUGGCGCCCAACCGCGGCGCGCCGCUGUACCAGCCGCUCCCCUUCCCGCUGCCCAUGCCCAGCAUGGCGGACGUAGUCGUCAGCACUUCUGGGUAUGAUGUGGCGGUGCGCGCCGCCAUUGCGCGCACGGUGGAGGUGCUGGGGGGACGCGUCACGCUGGACUGCAUGACCCGCCGCAACACGCACCUCAUCCUGCCGGAGGCAAAGGGCAGCAAGUUCGAGCACUGCACGGCGUUUGGGGUGGUGCCCGUCACCGCAGACUGGCUGGUGGACACAGUGCAGGUGGGGCGGCGGCAGGCGGAAGACAAGUACUUCCCGCGACCGCCCGCCGGCCAGCCGGCAGCGGCGCGGGCGGCGGCAGGCCCGGCUGCAGCAGCGGUACCGUCCCAGGUGGUCACGACGCAGCUGCUGGCAGGCAGGGGUGGAGCGGCGCCGGCGCCGGCGCUGCGCGCCUCGGCGCCUGCGGGCCCUGCGCUGCCCGCAGGGCUGUCUGCAGCAGAGCGGCCGCAGCUGGUGCUGCCGCCACCGCCCGCGCAGCAGCAGCAGCAGCAUGGGAUGGGUGGCAGGCGUCUCUCGCUGCGUGAGCGCAUGCGGGCGACGCAGGCGGCCACUGGUACUGCUGCCGCCACAGCUUCCGUGGCAGCGCCGGCGCCGGCGGCGGAGGGGCUCCUGGCGGGCGGCUGGCCGGCGCAGCACCCGCAGCAGCCCCAGCAGCCGCCAGGCGCCGGCAACGACGAGAAUGCGGCGCAGGGCAGCAACGGCGGGAGCGGCCCCGCAGCGGCGCCCGACGGUGACCUAAUUCAGCUGGGAGGGAAGCGGCAGGUGACGACGACCUUCCCGCAGCGGCAGCCGCAGGGGCUGCGGCGGCAGCCGUCUGCGCUGGAUGAGGCGAUGGCCAGCCUGGAUGAGGGGCUCAAGGCGCAGCAGGCGCAGCAGGCGCAGCAGGCACAGCAGCCGCAGCAACCGCAGCAGCCGCAGAGCGCCUCUCCGUUUGCCGCCCUGUUCGAGAGCGACCCAGAUGCAGCGCUGCCAGCCGCGGUAGAGGCGCCAUCACGGCCGCCAGUGGCUGCCCCGGCAAUGGAAGCACCACCAGCAGCACCAGCAGCAGCAGCAGCAGGAACACCGCAGGCCGAGCAGCCAGCUGCGCGCAGCGGCAGCCGGGCCCUGAGGUCCUCGUCGCGGCUGCGCCCCGCAGAGCGUGUGGAGGCCGCCGCAGAGGCCGCACCUGCAGCCCAGGCCCCGGCAGCGGCAGCACCAGCCAGUGCGCCGCAGCCUGAUGUCCCGGCGGCGGCAGCAGCUCAGGCGGCGGCCCUGGGCAGUGGCAGCGAGCAUCAGGACGACUUUGGGAGGGCGGUGGAGAGGCUGGGCAACAUGCUGGGAGGGCUGGCGCCUGAGGGACCCCCACGGGGCCUGAUGCUGGGCACUCAGAUGGACUGCCCGCUGGCCAUGCCGCCGCCCGCCGCCCGCGGACGGGCUGGUGGCGCCAGGCGCGGGGCCGCCGUCCCCGCGGAGAGCAGCAUGAGCACCGGCAGCGCGGGAGGCUCCCGCGGCGGCGCCCGCGCUGCCAAGCGCGCCCUCCCCGAAGACGGCGCCGCCGCCAGCGGCGGCAGCAGCGGCAGGGCGCAGCAGCUGCGGCGGUCGGGGCGGGGCCGGGGCGGCAGCGAGCCUCCAGACGCGGUCCCGCACCUCGACAUGUCGCAGCAGGUGGGGUAUGCUGAGGUGGAAGACAGCCACGCGCCCCGCAUCUCCACCCGCUCCGCCGCCCUCCCCGACAAGCACGCCCAGCUGCUCAAGCGCCAGCUGGUGGAGACGGCGGCGGCGGGGCGGCAGCUGCGCCGCGGCAGCGGAGGCGGCGGCGCGGGGCGGUCGGCCGACCCUCUGGCAGACCUCCUGUAG